AUGAAAGGAGUCACGUCAUUUUUACUUUUACAAAAUUUUUUGUCAACUUGUUCUUGGUCAUUGAAUGAUGUGUGUGACGCUGAUGAUAUGAAAUGUCAAAAUCCGCAAAUCCUAACACCAGGAGAGAUAACUUAUGGACAUUGUUAUCGCCACGCUGCAAUUCGUAGAUUACUGAAAGUUAGUUUUCUUACAUGUCUCAAAGAAUGUAUGAAAACAUCGACUUGUUCUAACGUUAGUUACAGGCGUGACUGGAAAAUGUGCGAUAUAAACGGAAAUAUCAAUUCGGAAGUGGAAAUUGUACAAGAACUCGGAUGUUUUUCGUCCAAUAUAUCUUCGUGGUCAGAGACACUAGUUGGCAAAUGUGCAAAACAUAAUUGUAGAGAAGGAUACAAAUGUGCUUUGAAAGGAGAUGGAUUUACUUGUGAAAUUGCUUAUUGUACCGGGAGACCAAUUGUCGCAAAUGCUGAACUGAACGAACCAUUUGGACUUUCCAGAGAUUUAGGGCACGGCAUGAAGUAUAAAUGUACGAAUAGGACACAAAUGAUUGGAACACCUUUUGCUGUCUGUCGCCAAACAGGAGAGUGGAAAUCUAUGUUUGUUUGUGGUAAAUCGGAUUGCAAGAGAAGGGAUUCUUUCUUGGUUAAAAUAGAGGACGAAUCGGAAAAUCAAUGGCUGCAAUCUGUAAUGCUUGAUAAUAACAUAUAUAUCAUGUGGGUUGGUGCAAAUGAUAUUGAUCAAGAAGGAACUUGGCGAUGGAUUUAUGAUAACACAACUGUAGAUUUCACGAACUGGAGUAAUGAAGAGCAUAAUAAUUAUAAUGGAAACGAGAAUUGUGCAGACAUAGCGAAAAGUCGUUCGUACAAAUGGAAUGAUCGUUCCUGCACAUCGUUGUUGCGAUACAUGUGUGAGAGAUAGAUAAGAACUUUAGAUAUGCAGAUGUAAUAUAUCUUGCUUUAUAACUUAAUCCACUACCUGCAUAAAUAUUUCAUAUUGUUAGUUCUCUAAGUCAGUUAUCUCCUAACUUAUGCUCGUAUUUAUACAUCCUUUACCUUCAAAUGUGGGGGUUUGAGCGUCCAGAGAAAUUUAAAUCCAGAACUAGAGUCAAAGAAACAAUAUCUAUUAGUUGUUUUCUUGAAUUUUGUAUAUUCAAUCAUAACACUUCGACAUGGUUUAUACCAUUGUUUUGUCCAGAUGGGGGAAAUCAUCUAAACGAAUUCAAUACGAGUUACAACAUUGUGGUCUUCAAUUGGAGAAAAAAAAAUCUUGUCAUUACGGAUAAUAAUAGUGUUAAGCUGUAUUUGUGUUGUAACAUGCUAAAAUAAAGUGCAAGGUAAACGGAUGUGUGUCUUUCUGCUUCAUUUUGCUUAUGUUAUGUUAUCUAUUUUUCUUUUUGUUUCUUGCUUCUG